ACGGCCGUCUGAAACUACCCUCUGCACCGCACUUCCGGCGCCGCUUGUGACCAUUAGGAAUGAGGGAAGAGCAGCGUCACAGCACUUCUCACUCUCGCAAGACGAAGAAGAAGAAGAAGAAGGCGCAAUAAGACGUAAGCGUGAUGCCAUUGAAAGAGGCCAAGCCCAACUUCAGUCUCUCUCAGAUGUCUGCGAUGUUGAAGAGGGUUUUUGCACUGACACCAUCAGAACUUCACAGUCUGCCCAGCUACGAUGACCAAAACCUCUAUGUGGAGACCGAGGAGGGAAGCAAGUACGUCCUAAAAAUCCUGAACUCUGAGGACAGUCAGGAUCACAGGCUGGUUGAGGUGCACACAUAUGCCAUGUCUUUUCUGCACCAGAAAGGACUUCCUGCCCAAACAGCCCUACCCAACUCUUCAGGACAGCUCAUAAGUCUGGAAGAAAUGGAUUGUGGCUAUGGCUCUCAGAAGUACUUGGUGCGGCUGUUGACUUAUUUGCCUGGCAUUACUGUUUCCAAGGUCCCUCUUACACCAGAGUUGUUGUACGACAUUGGCAAAACAGCAGCCAGAAUGGACACAAUCCUGAAAGAGAUGGAACAUCCUCAUCUCAGUGUGCUGCAGAGGGAGAAUUUCUUAUGGAGUCUGACGAAUGUUCCCCUUAUGGAAGCCUAUUUGAGUGUACUUGAUGGAAAUCCUCUUCAGGACAUAAUUAAGUCUGUCAUUCAGCAGUACAAGACCUGUGUGGCCCCGAAAUACUCCGACUUUCGCAAGUGUAUUAACCAUGGGGACUUCAAUGACCUCAAUCUGCUUGUGCGAUCUGAUGGAAGCAAUGGCUACAGGAUCAGUGGCAUCCUUGACUUUGGGGACAUGCACAGUGGCUACUACAUUCACGAGUUGGCGAUCACUAUCAUGUACAUGAUGACGGAACACCCUAACCCUGUUGAGGUGGGUGGACCCGUCCUCGCGGGCUGGGAAAGCGUGCUUCCUCUCAAUGAGGUGGAAAAAGAAUGCCUCUAUGUGUUGGUGAUGUGCCGCUUCUGCCAGUCGUUGCUUUUCGCUCGUUACUUUGUGACUCUGCAUCCAGAAAAUGCAGAGUAUCUGAUGAUUUCAUCCAAGAAGGGCAUCUCAAUUUUCUCUCAAAUGUGGGAGCUCGGCAAGGACCAGACAGAGAAAGUGUGGUUCCAAAGUGCUGCUCACUACAGGGAUGGAAAAGUAGCCUAAUGUCCAAGAUCAUGAGUUGGGAAAGUAGGCCUGACAUAUUAUGCAUGUUUUAAAUACUUUUAAAUAACAAAAACUGGGGUAUAAUUGGUACUGUAUGGUACUGUUUUUUUAUCACACUUUAUGGGAAUUUAAUUAAUUUUAAUUUUUUGUCUGAGCCUCUGCAUCAAUGGUACCUUCACAUAUAUAUAUGCAGAUUGCCCCUCGCCAUGGCCACUGAUACACAUGCUGCUUUUUGCAAGUCUGCAUGGUCUUCUUCAUCUUUGACAUAGAGGUCUGUUUCCCUCCAAACACAUGCUGAAACUUGGACUUGAGGUCGGGCUCAGAGAGCUGUGUGAGGUUUCUGUGUAAAACGAACGUGUGGCUUAGUUUAGUACAGUUUCAGGUUGCAUUUGCUGAUGCAGUGGCAAGUUGUGUUCAUAGUCACAGUGGUUUUUCUAUGCUCAUGUGGCCAUUUUCAUCAUUGUAGGAUGAUGACAUCUUGUAUGACUCUACCUGAGGGCCCGAUGUUUGCACAGGAUUCACCUAUUUAUGCCCAAGUUUGAGUGGGUUCACUAGGCUUUUCUGGAUUUCAGAAAUGAAUCAAGCACAACAAUCAACCACUAAAACACAUUUUACUGCUCAGGAAUACUAUAUAAUUAUAAGGUGACAUCUUCAUCAAGAAAUAAUAAUGUGCAAUGUUGCAACAAUUUUUACAUUUUUAUUUGUAAACCAGAAAGAGAUUCUACGUAUUAGCCAGUACGGAAACAUGAAAAAUGAUUUUGAUAAUUAACAAUGCUGUUAAUUAAGGGCAGUUUUGGGGAACUUUUCUGGAAAUGGGGUUUGUAAUAGAGCGAGUCUUAUUUUAGUGCGAAAAUGACAUGUAAUGAAAACAUUUAGGGAUGUGGUGGUGCUACAUGUAAGAAGGUGUGUAACACCAAGGUGCUAUAAUUAUGAAUUUUCUUUUAGUUUGUACAUGUCUAGUUUUUCAGGAACACAGAUUUGUACCUCUUUGGAUUAUGGGUCGCUUCACUUUGAGUGGGUGAAAGGUUUACAUGGAGUCACACAAUCUUGGACAAAAUAAACCCUCUUGAGGUUAUGCUUGCUUUGUUACUGCAAUGGUCCUAAUAAACAAAUAUAGCACUCUUAAA